AUGACUACCUUACCCGUUGCCAUUCCAGAGACGGACAUUGUCUUGUAUACCGACAGUACACCGAAUGGGCAGAAAGUCAGCAUCGUGCUUGAAGAGCUAGGACUCAAAUACGAGACGAAACAUGUUGACAUUAGCAAAAACGUCCAGAAGGAGGACUGGUAUCUGCGCAUCAAUCCGAAUGGAAAAGUCCCGGCAAUUGUUGACAAGACACUCUUAUGUGUUGGCCAGUCACAGGAAAGAAGAAUCUUUGAAGGCGGCGCUAUUCUACUCUAUCUGACCCAGAGAUAUGAUCCAAACCACAAGUUAUCUUAUCCUCAGAACUCGGAAAGAUAUUGGGAAAUGGUACAGUGGCUCAUCUGGAUGCAAAGCAGCCUGGGUCCAAUGCAGGGCCAAUCCAAUCACUUCUACCGUUAUGCCCCAGAAAAGAUCCCGUACGCGAUUGACCGCUACCAGACCGAGACAAAACGCCUUUAUUCCGUGCUCGAAGAAUUGGCCCAGCCUGGCAGAGAAGGCCCAUGGCUUGUAGGAAACAAGUGCACAAUCGCGGAUCUGGCUUGCUUUAGUUGGGUCAACUGGGCGGAAUGGGCUGGUGUGGACGUGAAGCCCUUCAAAUUGAUCAGUGACUGGCUGCAAAGGAUCAAUCAAAGGCCGGCUGUUCAGAAAGGAUUGAAUGUGCCAAGGCCAUUCGAGAUGAAGGAGAAGAUGAAGACAAAGGUAGGUGUCAGCUCGCUUGCCUCUCCUACUCCCAGUCACUCUGUUAGGGCUAUCGAAGCUACUGUACAUACCUGCGGCUCUACUAACGCAUUGUCAGUAAUAACAGGAGGGCGAAAAAGAGUAUGCCGAGAAGUACAGUCUCUGGGUUAG